AUGGAAGCCAAAGGGCAAGAAGAAUCCACAACCAAGAAACAUGCAUUACUUGUCAAAGAAAAAAACUUGGCCAAUAUUAUUCUCUCAUGGUCUCUUGAUGACAUUUUAAAUGGGGAUUUGUACAAAGAUCAGGUAGGGGAAAUUCCCAACUCGUUUGAAUCAGUGGAACAUUAUCAGAGCUCAUUUAUUUAUCCACUUUUGGAAGAAGUCAGGUCUGAGAUUUGUUCGAAAAUGGGAUCAAUUUUUACUGCACCUUUGAGUAAGGUGAUUUCAUUACAUAAGUCCAAGCAACACAGAAAGCUACACUGUGAUGUUAUGGUUGAAGGUUGGAAGAAUGGUUCUGAUAGUGUCGAUAAAGAGCCUUACAGGACCAGACCAGGUGAUAUAAUAGCGUUUACUGAAGCCGCGCCUGGACAAUCUAUUGAUUUGAAAAGCCUGGGGAGGAGUUGGAAUGUGGGAUAUGUUACUAGAUUGUCGGGGGAUACUUGUAUGUGUACACAAUUUGAAGUUAGAACAUCGAAGGAACUUGUGUGGGAAGAAGAUGUGAUUAAGAGUUUGUUAUGUGCAGUGUUUGUGACCAAUGUGACGACAAAUAAUAGAAUAUGGAAGGAGUUGAGCUUGAGUCAGAACUUUGAUGUUAUUAAGGAAACUCUGGGCAGCAACUCGAAGGUACCCGAAGGCUGUAAAAUGUGUUCUAGUCGAAUGAAGGAAACGAUAGAAGAAGGGUUAUAUUUACCAUCAAAUCUGAACAAGUCUCAGAUUGAGGCAGUUCUGGAAUGCAUUUCUACAAUUCAAUGUGAUCACAACUCAUCUGUAAAACUUGUUUGGGGCCCACCAGGUACAGGGAAGACAGGAACUUUAAGUGUGAUGCUGAGGAGCCUUUUACAGUUGAAAUGUAGGACUCUCAUCUGCUGUCCAACAAAUGUGGCGAUCUCAGAAGUAGCAUCUCGAGUUAUGAAAUUGGUGAAAGAUGAUGGUACCUCAUUGUGCAGUUUAGGAGAUAUCCUUUUAUAUGGUAAUAUAGACCCAAAUGCAUAUGUCAUUGAGGAGAUAUGUUUGAAUCACCGUGUAGAAAGGCUUUUUGAGUGCCUUGCAGACGGCACUGGUUGGAAGCACUGCUUAACCACCAUGAUUGAUUUACUUGAAAAUUGUGUUCCAAAGUACAGAGACUUCUGCAAUAGCAAAUAUAUUGAAGACAGUCAUAGAUAUGUGAAUGAUGGACAGUUAUUUCUGGAUUUCAUUAGAGAGAGAUUUAUUGCAAUAGCGACAUUACUGAGAAAGUGUAUUUCUGGUAUCUGCACUCAUCUGCCAAAGACCUUAAUUUUGGAGCACAAUUUUAAGGACAUGGUAGCAUUGAUGAGCAUGCUUAAUUCUUUGGAGAAUUUACUGUUUCAAACAGAUUUGGUUGGUGAAGACCUGAAGGAGGCAAUUUUACUUCAUGGACCGUUUAACUCCUUCCGCCAUGAAGUUAAUAAUAAAACAUUUUUAAACAUAAGAAGCAAAUGCCUGCACUUUUUGAGAACCCUUUUUCGUGCACUUAAUGGACUUGAACUACCAAAAGCUUCUAAAGAUUCGAUAGAGGAAUUCUGCUUUGAAAAGGCCUCUAUGUUAUUUUGCACAGCUUCAAGUUCAUAUAAACUUCAUUCUGUCAAAAUGAAACCAAUGAAGUUGUUGGUUGUUGAUGAAGCUGCUCAACUAAGGGAAUGUGAAUUACUGAUACCCUUACAAGUCCUUGGUAUAAAGCAUGCCAUUCUCUUAGGUGAUGAAUGCCAACUGCCAGCGUAUGUCAAUAGCAAGGUUUCUGCUAAAGCUGGUCUUGGCAGAAGCUUGUUCCAGAGACUGAGUAUACUUGGUUUUUCUAGACAUCUUUUGGAUACGCAAUACCGGAUGCAUCCAAAACUAAGUAGUUUCCCAAAUGCAAAAUUUUAUCAAAAUCGAAUCAUGGAUGCAGAGAUUGUCAAGAGUGAAAGUUAUGGAAAACGUUAUCUUCCUGGUCCUAUGUAUGGGACCUAUUCCUUUAUGAAUAUAUCCUCUGGUAGAGAGGUUAUUGCCGACGGGCAUAGCUAUAAAAAUAUGGUCGAGGUAGCUGUGUUGCUUAAAAUUCUGCACUUGUUGUACAAAGUAUGUGAGGCAGAAAAAUUAAAUCUUACAGUUGGAGUCAUCUCCCCUUAUGCUGCUCAAGUCUCAGAAAUUCAACGAAAAAUUGGGCAUAAGUAUGAUAAUCAUGACAAGUUCAAGUUGCAUAUUGGAUCAAUUGAUGGAUUUCAAGGCAGUGAAAAAGACGUAAUAAUUAUUUCAACUGUAAGAUGCAAUGAACGAGGAUCAAUUGGGUUCGUUUCCGAUCCUCAAAGAACCAAUGUUGCCUUGACAAGAGCAAGACACUGUUUGUGGAUUCUGGGGAAUGAGGAAACACUGUCUAGAAGUGAUUCUAUCUGGGAACACCUGGCCCUAGAUGCUAAGGCUCGUCAAUGUUUUUUUCACGCUGAUGAAGAUAAGGAUUUGCAUAAGGUCAUUAUGGAGGUUAAGAAACAGCUUGAUCAACUCAGUGACAUGCUUAAUGCAGAUAGCAUGUUUUUCAGAAAUUCAAAUUGGAAGCUAAUGUUUAGUGGCAACUUCACAAAAUCCUUUAAGAAGCUAGAUUCUGCGGAGACGAAGAAUUUGGUGCUCUUUUUUUUGUCAAAGCUUGCCAGUGGCUGGAGACCGAAGAGGGUCUAUUCAGUAGUCAGCUGUGAAAGCUCUUCAAAUAUUUUGAAGCAAUACAAGAUUGGGAAGUACUAUAUUCUUUGCUCAGUUGACAUUCACAGGGAAACAUGGUAUAUGCAAAUCUUGAAGAUCUGGGAUAUACUUCCAAUGCAGGAUAUUCCGAGGAUGAUUAAGCGAUUGGAUAACAUAUUCAGAAUGUACACUGAAGAUUAUAUCAGUCGUUGCACCAAAAGAUGUAUUGAGGGGAAUAUAGAAGUUCCUUUGACUUGGCCUGCCUCUGAAGAUAUUGUCCAAUUUAAAAGUCUUUGCAACACCGAAACUGAUGAUAUUUCUAAUACCGAAUACUUGGAUGAAAGUAGCCUUGAGAAGUCCAAGGUGCGGGAGAGCUUGCUAUUAAUGAAAUUUUACUCGCUGUCUUCUGGCGCUAUUAAUAAUUUACUAUCCGGAUGCGAUGGUGAAAGUCUAGGUCUGCCUUUUGAGUUAACAGACCAAGAACGAGAAAUAGUUCUAUUCAAUAAAAGCAGCUUUAUACUUGGGAGAUCAGGAACGGGGAAAACUACAGUGCUUACGUGGAAGCUAUUUCAAAAUGAUCAGAUGUAUCAUGUAGCUUCUGAAGGAUACCAUGAUGUUCAAAAGGAUCUCUCUGUAAACAAGAGAUGGAGACGUGAGAGUGAUGAUGGGAUUACAGGAGACGUACUUCGUCAGCUCUUCGUUACUGUCAGUCCAAAGCUGUGUAAUGCAGUAAGGGAUCAGUUUUGUCAACUAAAAAGAUCUGUCUGUGGUGGGGAUUCAGUACCUCGGCAAAGCUCUAUUCAUAUCGAUGUUAUUGAUGAGGUUGCACAUUCAGCUGACAUACCAGAUUCUUUUCAAGACCUUCCACUUAAUUCAUAUCCUCUUAUCAUAACAUUUCAUAAGUUUAUGAUGAUGCUUGACGGAACUGUUGGAGUGUCCUACUUUGACAGAUUUCCUGUUGUGAGACGAUCUACUCACCGUGGAAAUGGUAAAUCAAGGUCAAUUACCUUGGAUAAUUUUAUCAGGACAAAGGAGAUAACCUUUGAAAGAUUCGAUUCCUUGUACUGGCCACAUUUUAGCAGAAUUCUCACCCGGAAACUUUGUUCAUUAACUGUAUUCACAGAAAUAAUGUCCGUAAUAAAAGGGAGUAUAAGCAAAAAAGACAAUGAUGUUGGAACAAUUGGUCAACAGGAAUAUCUUUUGUUGUCCAAUAACCGUGGCUCGACAUUGAAUAUGGAAAAACGGUCACAUGUGUAUAAGAUUUUUACAGAAUAUGAGAAGAGAAAGACUGCAAAUGGUGAUUUUGAUCUAGCAGAUUUAGUUAUUGAUCUCCAUCGUCGUCUUAAAGACAUAAGAUACAAAGGGGAUGAGAUGGAUUUUGUAUUUAUUGAUGAGGUGCAAGACCUUACAAUGAGACAAAUUUCUCUAUUCAAGUACAUGUGCAAAAAUGUUGAUGAAGGGUUUGCUUUUUCUGGUGAUACUGCACAGACCAUUGCUAAGGGAAUAAAUUUUCGUUUUGAGGAUAUACGAUGUCUGUUCUACAAGGAGUUUUUAGGACAGGAGAGGAAAGUUUCUUGUAAAAGAAACGAGAAGGGAAUUGUAUCAAGCUUGUUUCAUUUAAACCUCAAUUUCCGUACCCAUUCUGGGAUUUUAAAGCUGGCUCAUAGUGUAAUAAAACUUAUUUGCCAUUUUUUCCCCUUUUCCAUAGAUUUCUUAAACCAAGAAACAAGCCUUGUAUCUGGAGAAGCUCCUGUUCUUCUUGAAACUGGGACUAUGGAUGCUUUGAAAAUAAUAUUUGAAAAGUCUGGACCUGCCAAUGGGAAUGUCAUUGCCUUUGGAGCAGAGCAAGUGAUCCUCGUUCGAGAUGACAUUUUGAAGAAGGAAAUAUGUGACUUCGUAGGGAAUAAAGCUCUAGUUCUUACUAUUCUGGAAUGCAAGGGCCUUGAAUUUCAGGACGUAUUACUCUACAACUUUUUCAGCUCAUCGCCUUUUGAAAAUGACUGGAGGGUGAUUUAUGAAUAUAUGAGUGAUAAUCAUCUGCUUGGAUCUAAUACUGUAACAUCAUUCCCACGGUUUGACAUGGAGAAACAUGGUAUCUUGUGUAAUGAACUGAAGCAAUUAUACGUAGCUGUAACUCGCACUAAGCAAAGACUUUGGAUAUGUGAGAAUGGGAUGGAAUUCUGCAAACCAAUGUUUAACUAUUGGCAGAAGUUGGGUGCUGCUAAUGUGAGAAAAGCAGAUGAUAUAUUUAUUAAAGAAAUGCAAGUCGAGAGCAGUGAGGAGGACUGGAGAUCUCGAGGAAUUAAGCUAUUCCAUGAGAUUAAUUAUGAGAUGGCAAUGAUGUGCUUUGAAAGGGCAGGGGACACCUAUUGGAUAAAACUGUCUAAGGCUUCUCAGUGUCAGGCAGCUGCACGUGCGAGAGAGCCAAAUUCUGAAAUUGCAUGCACAUACCUUAGAAAGGCUGCCGAAAUCUUUGAUGAAAUUGGGAAGGCAGAAUCUGCAGCCAGAUUGUUCUUUGAGAUAAAUGAAUAUGAAAGAGCAGGAUGCAUAUAUUUCAAUAAACUUGGGGAGCGUAAUCUGGAAAAAGCAGGAGAGUGCUUUUGCCUGGCAAAAUGUUUUAGACAAGCAGCUAAAGUAUAUGCCAAUGGCAGAUUGUACUCAAAGUGCCUAUCUGCUUGCCUAUACGGAGAACUUUUCGAGAUGGGAUUGCAGUAUGUGCAUGAGUGGAGAAAAAGUGGGGUUCUAUAUGGUAGUUGUAGCAUCCAAACUGAUCCACUUGUGCAAGAGUUGCUUCAAAAAGGUGCUGUACAUUACUAUGAGAAAAAUGAGUUCAGAAAAAUGAUGAAAUUUGUCGAGUCUUUUCAGUCAAAAGACUUGAUCCGAAGUUUCCUUAAGGAUUUAAAACUCCUUAAAGAACUUUCAGAUCUGGAAAUAAGAUGGGGAAAUUUUUUAGAAGCUGCCCAAAUAGCAAAGAAAAUGGGAAAUUGUCUCCUUGAAGCUGAUCUUCUGUCGAAGGGUGGAAUAUAUAGAGAAGCCUCUCUCAUAAUGUUAUGGUAUGUAUUUUCAAGUCUUACACGAUCAACUAAAGGCAACUAUCGGCACCAAUUCAAUAGUAAAGAUGAGAUUUUAAAAAAAGCUGUGUCAUACGCAAAGAGACACUCGGAUAGCUUCUAUGAGUUUGUAUGUACGGAGGCCAAGAUUUUAUCAGAAAUGGGAGAUGCUGGAGAACAACUGGAACCCGGUCUGCAGUUUGUUCGGCAUUGGAGACAAGAGGUACCAGAUGGUCUUGUCAAGACUAGUUCUGAUUUAGCUAAAAUUGAACAGGAUUUGCUUCAAAAGAAAGAAGGGAACUUUUCUGCAGCAGCGGAAAUUGCUGAACUAAAAGUUGAUGUUCUUCAGAAAUCUGAUCUUCUUCUUAAAGGCAGAUAUUUUAAAGAAGCCGCUCUGCUCAUUCUUUGGUAUGUUUUUGCUGAAUCUGUUUCAGUAAAAAAGUCAGGUUCUGUUUCUGACAUAAGUCCCUGUGAUGCUUCUGCAAUAGGAGUUUCUGUUGCUUACAGUAUCUUUGCUCUGCUAAAAGAAAACAUUUGCGCUGAAUGGAGUCCACAAAAUGCUUUUCUAUCUCCGUCUUGUUUCUUGUAUCUUGCUGAGCGCCUGCUCGUCAUGGUUUCUUAUUUCCAGGGAUACUUAUUUGUGACAAAGUCACCAUGUGUUGAACAUAGAGAAACUCAGCAGCAAUGA